AUGUUAUUCUCCAGCCUCAUUACCCUCGGCCUUGUGACGGCAGGGCUAUCCUCACCAACACCAUGGCGCGGUCCUCACGGUCAUGAUGCUGCAAAGAAGGUCAUCUACUUCCUCAAUGUCGACCCAUCAGGCAGCUCAGUGGUAGCCAUCGAAGUUGGCCACAACGGCAUGCUUAUGAACUCGACCGCCGUCACAAGCACCGAAGGUACAGGGUCGCAAGCCAUCAACCAGACUGCCAUCCCUGAAGCACCUGUGACAGCGGACCCGUUGCAAGGUCAGGAUGCGGUUACCGUUGUUGGGAAUUACCUCUUUACCGUGAACUCCGGCUCCGACACCGCUGUCAUGUACCGGAUUGACCCUGCCAACCCGCUUCACCUCGAGAUGGUUGGAAAACCGAUGUCUACCCUUGGUGAGGUGGCUAUGUCGAUCGCCUACUCAGCGAAGCUCGAGAAAGCCUGUGUGUUGAACGGUGGCGCACUGAACGGCGUUACCUGCUUCUGUGUCGACGCGAAGAGGGGUCUCGUUCCAGACGGAGUUGGCCUACGCAAGCUUGGCUUAAACUCGACCACGCCAGUACAAUUCGUGGGCGAGAAGGGCUCGGGCUCCGACAUUCGAUUCACCCCAGGAUCGGAGAAACUUGUCGCAACGUUCAAGGGAGACAACAUGCCGGCCACUCUUGGUCACAUCCUCGUCUUCGAUGUUAGCGGUCAGGGCGAAGUUGCAACAAAAGGGACUGACAACCAAGUCAGCCCCUUGGCGGCCCCCUUUGGCUUCGUCUUCGACCCAAAUGAACCAGACCUCAUGCUGAUCUCGGACAUCAACUUCGGUGGUGUCCUUGCCAAGCUCGACUACGAGACCAACGGCGCCUCCCUCGUCAAAGUCCAGAACAGCAGUACCUUCGCUGCCAGCUGCUGGGCGGCAUACUCAUCCGGUACGAACAUGUCGUACCUCAUCAGUGCCAUGGCACCCAACUUUGGCAAAGUCGACCCGGUCAGUGGAGAUUUAGGAGGCUUCGUCACUUUCCCGAAGAGCCUUGGAGGCGCAUUUGAUACCAUCAUCGACGGUACUACAGCCUACUUCCUUUCCGGGACCAGCGCCAUUGGUGUGCUUGACGUUGCAAGUGGAGCACUCUUGCAGAGCUUCGAUUACAGCGGUAGUGACAGACAUUUCUGGACUGGUAUGGCCAUCUACCCCAACGGCGAAGGGUAUGGACACGGAAAGGGACAUGGUGGGCACGGAGGAUGGUAA